UCUCCUAUCUGUCGAAGCACUUGCAUCUAUCUACUCAUCAGUAUUUGCAAAUCUCGUCCAUAUAUAUAAGCCAAACUUUUCUCUCUUUAACAUUUCUCCUCGUUUUUUCGUAAAACUCGAUCUUUGAAAAAUGGUCGAGGGAGUGUCCAAGAUAAUGUGGAUUGUUGUGGCCACCGUGUUUGCAGGAACAGCGGCGGUCACACUAGUGGCGCAUGGUCAAGAAACGCCGUGUUACUUCGUGUUCGGAGACUCUGUCUUCGACAACGGUAACAACAAUGCGUUAAAUACCAUUGCAAAGGUCAACUAUUUACCUUAUGGUAUAGAUUAUCCCGAAGGUCCAACCGGUCGGUUUAGCAACGGACGUAUCAUUCCAGACGUUAUCGCUGAACUAGCGGGUUUCAAUGAUACCAUUCCACCAUUCGCCGGGGCACCACCAGCACAAGCUAACAUCGGACUCAACUAUGCUUCCGGUGGCGGCGGAAUCCGGGAAGAAACCAGCCAAAAUUUGGGUGAAAGAAUCAAUUUGAGAAAGCAAAUAAACAACCACCAGUCGGCGAUUAUAAACGCGGUGGUGCCACCGAGUCAGCUACGGAGAUGUCUAUAUACAAUCAGCAUCGGAAGUAAUGAUUACCUCAACAACUACUUCUUGCAACCUCCUACCCCAGCUCGUCGUCAGUAUACUCCUGAAGAGUUUGCUGAAUCUCUCAUACGCCUCUACACUAUUUAUUUGAAACAAUUGUACCUACUAGGAGCGAGGAAGGUGGCUUUGUUCGGAAUCGGUAAGAUUGGGUGUAUACCACGUAUUGUUGCUACCCUUGGUGGUGGCGUUGGCUGUGCAGAAGAAGUGAACCAAGCGGUGGAUCUCUUCAACAAUAAACUCAAAGCCCUAGUCACAGACAUCAACAAGAAACUCUCUAGUGCUAAGUUCACUUACGUUGACCUCUUCUCUGGAAAUGCUGAAGACUUCGCCGCUCUUGGGAUCACUGUUGGUGAUAGGAGUUGCUGUACGAUUAACCCGGGUGAAGAGCUUUGUGCACAGAACGGACCGGUUUGUCCUGACCGAACCAAAUACAUAUUUUGGGAUAACGUGCAUACCACGGAAAUUAUUAAUACAGUGAUAGCUAUUGCAGCGUUUAACGGAGACAUAACUUCUCCCUUCAGCAUAUCUCAGCUUGUGAAUUAGCUUAUAAUAUGGACAUGACUUUACUAGUUUAAGCUGUAAACUGGUUUGGUCAUGGAAACCAUAUAAUAUACAUAUACUAUCAACUGAAUAAUGAAUAAAAG